CCCCAACCCAACCCAAUAUGACGCUCCGCUCCCCUCCCCUCCCCUCCCCAUAGGUUUUUGGAAAGUGGGGCUGGAGCGAGCUACAGACGGGCAUCAGGGAAUGUAUACCAACAAUACCAGAGUCGGAGAGGGAGAGACAAAAAUGACAACGUCAUCGUUCCUUGGAAACAGAUACUGGGUGCUCAGACAUGGCAAAAGCAUUCCAAACGAGAGGGGUCUCAUUGUUUCAUCUAUGGAAAAUGGUAUGCUUGAUGAUUACAAGUUAGCUUCUGAAGGAGUUAAUCAGGCACAGUUGGCUGGAGAGCUAUUCCAAAAGGAACUGAAGGACAGAAACAUACUACUUGAAAAUGUCCGCAUUUGUUAUUCUCCAUUCUCAAGAACCAGUCACACUGCUAAAGUUGUUGCAUCUGUUCUAAAUCUUCCAUUUGACGGGCCUCAAUGUAAGGUCAUAAAAGAUCUUCGUGAGCGUUUCUUUGGGCCUUCAUUUGAACUUAUGUCUCAUGACAAAUAUUCAGAAAUAUGGGCUCUGGAUGAGAAGGAUCCAUUCACUCAGCCAGAAGGUGGAGAAAGUGUAGCAGAUGUUGUUUCUAGACUUACAAGUGCUUUGGUAACAAUAGAGUCAGAGUUCCAGGGAUGCGCAAUCCUGGUCGUCAGCCAUGGUGAUCCCCUGCAAAUCUUGCAGACAAUACUCAAUGCUGCUAAAACACAUACAGGAGCUGGUAAUAAUGACUUGGCAUCGAGGAUACAAGCAGUCAAAGUUCCUUCUGUCCUCUCACAGCAUCGGAAGUUUGCCCUGCUUACUGGAGAACUCUGGGCCGUUGUAUGACUUGUAGCUUCCAUCUAGUAGGCAAAAGCAUUGUCUAAUUACUACGAAAAUUUAUUGUAUUUAGGAAUAAGAUUCUUGUGUCACCUGAGAUGUUGGGACAUUUGUCACAGAAUUUGCAGCUGGGUCAUUGUGAUGACAUGGAAUGAUUACAAUGAAUAAUAUUUUUGCACUCAAUAGUGUUUCUUUAC